AAUAUACCUAAAAAUUACGUUGCAAAUUAUACUUAAAAACAAAAUAUCAUUUAUCAUCGUACUAGUGCAGUAGAACCGUGUAAACAUAAGAUAGUCUCUUAUCUAUUCAUUUAUAUAAAACAAGUAUGCUGUGGAAGCAUUCAGUUGAAUUAAGGAACAGUGCACUGCAAACAUGGAAAUGAUAGCAAAAGGGAGAACUCUACGAGACAUUCUGUCAGAAAAACACGUCAACUGUAUUAUAAGCAAAACCUCAAAAGCUGGAGCCCAGCUUCUCAAAUAUGAGUUGAAAUCAGCAACUGAGGGCAUGUCGGGAUUCCUCGGAGAACACUUCAAAGUGACUUUCAUUAUAAAAGAAGAGGAUGCGGUGAACAAGGUGCAUUUGUUUGUCAAGAUCGUGCCCCGUGGAAACACACCGAAGGCGGAAUUUAUCAACGAGUACAACUUUUUUGGAGCAGAAAGUUCGACUUUCUAAAUGUUUGAAGAUUUUCCAAACGCAGAAUUUGCAGGUUCAAGGCCCUGGGGAGUGAAAGCUUUAAUUCACAAUCAUAACAUGUUAGUAUUGCCCGAUCUAUCGGUGGAAGGCUAUACGAUGUGCGAUGCCAAGCAGUAUCUCGACCUGGACCAUGUUAAGGUUGCCCUGAAAUCUUUGGCUCGUUUCCACGCUGCAUUUGCUAAGCAUCAAACUCGAGUCACUGCAGCAAGCGAUAACUAUAAAUUGCCCGAGAACUAUACAUGUUUUCUCAAAGACCAGUUCUGCGAGUGUCCAUGGCUACGUGCUACUAUUAAAUUGACGACGAACUUUUUAAAGGAAUUUGCUACAGAUAUCAAACACUAUCCGUCGGACCUAGAUGAUUGUUUGCGAAAAUGGUGCAUAGACGCUUGCAAUAGUCUAAGAGAAUACGAGAAUACCUUGAACGUAAUAAUUCAUAAGGAUCUGUGGGCAAACAACAUUAUGUUCAAAUAUUCCGCAGACCAACCCGUCAAUGCCGUUUUGGUGGACUUCCAAUGCGCUAGAUACGGCCCGCCGGCUAUCGAUGUGAUGGUGUUCCUUUACUACACUACGUCGAGGAAAUUUCGUGAAUAUUAUGAGAAGGAGGUUUUGAAUUACUAUUACUCGAUCUUCUUGGAAGCUAUCGACGAGUCUACUGAGCGUCGACUGGCCAUGCUUAACUACGACCGCCAGAUGUUUAUCAAUUUGUGCGACAAGCUUCGUCCCGCAGGAAUGAUAGUUCCACUCGCAAUAUCUCCCUUCAUUCUGAUGUCGCCACAAGCAGCGCAGGAAUCAUUUGACAACCCAGAGACCUUUCACGAGCAUUUUAUGGUCGACAGAUGUGGUCCCGUGAUCGCUUACGCCCGCGAUAAUGAGUAUUACAAGACUAGGGUGCUGGAGAUAUUCGAAGAAUUUGUUGAACGGCAUCUCACUGUAAAAUAA